GAAGAGGACCUCCUGCAAGGCAUCAUUAUGUACCGAGUGGCUUUUCCCGCGAGCGUUUUGUUCCUAAUGCUCCAGAACGCACUUGUGCUGGCGCUCCACUCCGGGAAUGAACCGGUUCGGAAAAGAAGAGAAUGGAUCGUCCCUCCGAGGCCGCUCAAGGAAAAUGAAGAUUACACAGGAAAGGAGUCCAUAGCCAAGAUUCGAUCCGAUUUUGAAAUCGCCAAGAACAUCAGCUACUCCUUGGAGGGCGUCGGCGCAAGCCAGUACCCCUUCAACGUCUUUGUGGUGGACCCCAAAACGGGACUCAUUCGCGUCACUCAAUUACUCGACAGGGAGGUCAUCGAUUCUUACAAUCUCUUGGGCAUCGCCAGAUUCAACGACGGCACUGAGGCGGAGAAAAGGAUUGACCUCCGCAUAAAAGUGCUGGAUGAGAACGACAACGAGCCACAGUUUGAUGCCAUGAAGCCCGUGGACGUGUAUGAGCGCAGCCCUGUGGGGAUGCCCGUCACGACAGUCACUGCGACCGACGCAGACGAACCAGGCACCAAUUCUCAGCUGUUCUACACCAUCGUAAAGCAGGACCCACCUCACGUCAUGUUCCAAAUGAACAAAGACGGACACAUCUAUGUGGGCAAGUCCACUCUGGACAGAGAGACAACAGAUCGGUACUUUGUGACAGUGCAAGCUCAGGACCUCAAUGGCGACCCUGACGGACACACAGCGACCAGUACGUUGACCAUCAAUGUGCUGGACGUUAAUGAUAACCUUCCAACACUGGAAAAAAGCCAGUACGAGGGCAGCAUUAUAGAAAACACGCAGGGUGUGGAGGUGAUGAGGAUCAAAGCUCAAGACCUGGACCUAAAGGACAGCGACAACUGGGAAAGUGUGUUCGAUAUUGUCAAAGGUAAUGAGGCCAAGUACUUCAGCAUCAAAACGGACCCAAAGACCAAUGAAGGCAUCAUCAUGCUUGAUAAGCCGGUGGAUUAUGAGCAUGUGAAGGACCUGGUACUUAUGCUCACUGUGAAGAACAAGGCUCCAAUUUAUGAAGGACUGCCGCAAAGCACCACGUAUAAAACCUACCCUGUCAAAAUCAACGUGCAAAACCAGCGUGAAGGUCCAUAUUUUGAUCCUAAAGUCAAAGUGAUCACCAUGUCGGAAGGAGGCGGCACGCCUGGCAAUGAUGUCAUCGCUCACUACCCAGCACUAGAUGGAGACACUGGAAAACCAUCUGAGAAAGUCAAGUAUCUUAAAGGUUCGGAUCCUGACAACUGGCUUACCAUUGACCCAGAAACGGCUGACAUCAGGCUGAACAAGAUGCCCGACAGAGAGUCCACUUUUCUAGUCAACGGGACGUACUACGCUCAAGUUCUCUGCAUUUCUGAAGACAUCCCAUCGAGCACCGCCACUGGCACCGUGGCCAUUCAGGUGGAAGACUUCAACGACCACUGUCCCACCCUGACCAGUACCCUCGAGACUCUUUGCAUUCCUAACGAUGCAGUUGUCAUUAACGCCGUCGACGAAGACGACUUCCCCAAUGGAGCUCCCUUCACCUUUGAGAUCAUUCCAGAGGGCACUAAGGGAAAAUGGCAGGUGGAGCAUCUCAACGAUACCGCAGCCAUCCUGAGAGCUCAAGAGUCCACAUGGCCCGGUCUCCAUGAGGUGCAAUUAUUAGUGAAAGACCAGCAGGGGGAGGUGUGCCCAGAACCACAGAAGGUGACGGUCCAAGUGUGCACAUGCGAUGAUGGAGUGAUUUGCGGAAGACGAGGUGGAAGGGGUCAACCAGACAAGAAGUCGGAGUUAGGACCCGCAGGCAUUGGACUGCUGCUACUGGGCUUGCUGCUGCUACUGCUGGUUCCCCUGCUGUUGCUCUUCUGUCAGUGUGGGGACGCCAUUGGGCUGCCAGGGGGCGCUGCGGACAUACCGGAUGGAACCAAGUCCCACUUGAUAAACUACUGCACAGAAGGCCAGGGGGAGAACGCGGCGGUGCCGCUAAGCCUCAUCCCGAUGCAGCAGGUGGCCCAAGACGUGAGCAAUAGCAUGUACCAGUCAGACUUUGUAGACACCUUCCAGGGAAACAUGGAGCAGUCCUGGGGAAGUAGGCAGGCCAACACCAACACCUUCUACUCCAGGUUUGGAGGUGCGGCAGUAAGAGGCCAGGCCAUGGCGGUGUACGACAGCAUCGCUCUACCGGACCACCUGCUCGCUCAAUACUACCAACAGAGGGUGUACAGCGAAGGUGGGAGAGAGAACAUGGCAGAGAAGGACGCUCACUUGAAGUAUAAUUUUGAGGGCCAAAGUUCCUCAGCCGGCUCUGUGGGCUGCUGCAGCCUCCUGGAGAACGACAAUGACCUGUGCUUUCUUGACGACCUCGGUCCCAAGUUCAAGACCCUGGCAGAAGUGUGCGGUGGCAAGAAGCUCCAACUAGAUGUCAUUCCACCAACAACAAAGGUCGUGACUGAACCAAAGUUGGAACUCCCAAAGCUGCCGCCAGUUGCCCCCAUGGUAGACCAGACUCAAGUGGUGAAGGAAAACAUGAUUACACAAUAUCAAGGGAUGACCGCUGGGAUGGGAGGGAUGGAAAACCAAAUGUUCUUGCUCCAGCAGCAGCAGCCCGUCUAUUACGCCGCCGCAACUCCCAUGCAGUUUAUAGUCCAGCCACAAGUCCAAAACACCCUGCUGCUGGCCGAGGCACCAGCUACCAAUCUUCAGGGAGUGGUUCUGGCAGCACCCGCACAAAGCAUGCGAGUGUCUGGCAGACACACCAAGGAUGCCAGCAUGGUGCUGGUGGAGAACCCCAAGGUCCAGGCUAAGGUCCACACAAGAAAUCAUCCCGGCCUCCAGAAUAUGGUGAUGGUGGAAAGCAAGCUCCCUGCGGGGUCUGUGAAAGUUCUAAAGGGGACCAGAACCUCCCUGGUGCCAGGAAGUGGGCACGCAGAACUGAUUUCUAAAGCUCACAAAGUCCAUUUGGUGGAAGGCUCAUUUGGCGGAAAUGAAGCUGCAAGCGUGUCUCAGAAGAUCAACACCUCUGGAUCUGUAAAGUCCUUCAACAUUAAAAGCACCACCACAAAGUCCACUGGACCUCAGGUGGCUUCUUCCAGAAUCCCGACGUACCACAAGAUGGUGGUACAAGAGACACGCAAAUAACGGAUUUUGGCUAUAAGGUGCUUCAAGUGCACAU